AUGACCUCACAGGUUUUGUCUAUCAAUUCUGGAGCUCUGCAAGUUCUGAUGGAUGAGAGUCUUAGUGAUCAUCGUUAUUUGCAGUUGAAUUAUGAUGAAAAUAUUCAUUGUGCUCCUAAGAUUGUUUUAACAAGAGAUGUCCACCGGAUUACAAGUGAUGUUAACUUUAUUGCAUAUGCAGAUGAUCUUGCUGUUCUGAUGUAUGGUGCAUCAUUGGAAAAACUCGAGAAAUCAUUUGAGAAUGUUAUGUUAAAACUGGAAAACUGGAGAAUCGGCGAGGGUCUUGAAUUCAACUUAGAAAAACUUUUGCAAUCAUUUUCCCGCGGGCUGGGAUCAAAAAACAAUAAUAAUAAGAAAUUGUCCAUAAAUAAAAUAAAGAAUGUUACAUAUUGCAUAUUUUCUUUCAGUUUCUUUCCAAAUGUGAUGCAAGCUCCAUUGAUAGUCAUUGGGAAUGCAGUGUUUGAAUGUUUAGUGUACAUUAAAAUAUGUAAGAAACCUCAUCGAAAGUACAAUGUAGCUUCUUCAUCAUCAGUUACUCUCACCAUUCCUGGAACAGAGCCUCACGAUGCUGAAAGGAGGAGGCAAAUUGCCCUAAGAGCUCUUAGUGAAAGACUCAGUAAAGUGGAACAAGUGUCGUGGUUAUCUGCAGUAGAUGAAGUAAAAUCUGAUAAAAGUAAGAAUGUUAGCAUAACUAUUCCUCCUAUUUUAGCACAUCACCAAAGUUCAUUGUCAUCAAACAUCAAUUCUUCGAAGGUAGAGACUGCACAUGAAGAAAUGGAAAAAGCAACUUCAGAUAAUCAUCAGCAGUUAUCAACUCAGCCAUAAUCCUGCCCCUUCCUGUUUUGAUAAAUUAUGUCUUUCCAAGUAGACAUAUGCUUAGGAUAAUCAAACAUCUAAUUUUAACUGAAAUGUGCUUUAUCAAUCACUCUCAUGUUAUACUAUAACCCUUGCCCAACUAAACAUAGGUAUUCAUUUGCACAUGCAUUGUGUUCCAUCAGAUUUCUUGUGCAGAUAGUUUUGUUGCCAUUGUAAAACAACAGCCUUUGAAAUUAAAUUUCAUACUUUUAAUUUAUUUCCAUGAAGUGCUGUCGAUCAUAUUGGAAAUGAGAGAAUGCUAGUUGUAACAAAAACAGUAUCUGUGAUGUUAAAUAUGCAAAUUUAUGAACUUUUGAAAUAUUUUGAAUUAUCACUAAAAGGUUCAUUUUCAAUCAUAUCUUAUGUUUUUGUAUCUAUAUCUUUGUAAAAACCAAAUUAGUUAAGAGUUGUAUGAAUUAAUAAAGCUUUAUUAAAAUCUUUGAGAUAUAA